AAGUGAUCGACCAAUGGAUUAGCUUGUAAGGGAAGCCAAUGUCUCAUGGUUUUGCUGGACUCUUAAGAUGUUAACAUAAAUUGAGACUGGCUUCUCUUUUCUAAUUGUUUUGAAGUUGAGAAAAUACACAAGAUUAUUUUGAUUGUGUCUACGUGUUGUAGGACAAGGUAAGGUCAGUUAAAAGUUCACAACUUGAACGUAGAAGGAAAGUGCACUCACGCCGGGGUGUUUUUUUAGACGAGUGAAAAAAAAGAGGGCAUGUUUUAUAAUGUAAUAGUAUUAUUUUCAGAAAUGUGAAGACUACAGUUUUGUUAAUUUUGUGUUGUGUUGAAAGUUUACUCGUAACUUCGACAAGUGUAGUAAUCGGUACAACGAAAGUUGCGAAAAUGGUAAACUACGAAGACAGUAGGAAACUUUAUAGUGUUUCCUCAUUUUCAUUGUGGAAUGCUGGUAAUCGCAGUGUACCAGCUCAGUAUGGAGCGUUUGCUUCUGUAAACAGAACUGGCAUUAAUCCAUCAUGGACUCUGAUAGUUCAUUGGAUGGUGAAGUUGAAACUAAAAACGAGGUAGAAAAUAAAUUCAGGAGGUCUGUAGACAGAGAAGAGAAUGAUUAUACACAGGAUGGAAGUGAAGAAGACAGUGAUGACAACUCGGAAAGUGAAGAUUUAAACAGCAGCAAGUCACCACCAAAGUCACCACAAGAACAUUGCGAGAUAUCUCCAAAAUCUCCUGCUUCCUAUCAUAGUAAGUCACCAUCAGGGCUAGACAGGCAUGAUCUAUCUCCAAAAUCAAUGGUAUGCCUUUCUAUCAAGUCACCUCCACAAGAUGAUGUACAGGAGCAGUCAGAUAGGUCACCAUACUCUACCCCAGUACAGUCUCCACCAGAUGCUGAUAGAGGUGAAAUGUCACCACAGUCUCACAGAUCCACCAAUUCAGAAUCUCUGCCACCAACUGGACAACAAUCACCACCUUCUGGGAGGUCUAGCACAGUAGCAUCCCCACCUUGUCCCAGUAGACAUGGUGACUCUCCCAAAUCUGAUGAUUUACAUUGUGACUCACCUAAAUCUGAUGACGUACAAAGUGAUUCUCCUAAAUCUGAUGAUGUACAAAGUGAUUAUUCUAAAUCUGAUGAUGUACAUGGUGACUCUCCGAAGUCUGAUUAUGUAUGUGGUGACUCUCCGAAGUCUGAUUAUGUAUGUGGUGACUCUCCUAAGUCUGAUUAUGUACGUGGUGACUCCCCUAAAUCUGAAGAUGUACGUGGUGACUCUCCUAAAUCUGAAGAUGUACGUGGUGACUCCCCUAAAUCUGAAGAUGUAUGUGGUGACUCCCCUAAAUCUGAUUAUGUACGUGGUGACUCUCCUAAAUCUGAAGAUGCAGAAGAUGUACGUGGUGACUCCUCUAAAUCUAAUUAUGUACGUGGUGACUCCCCGAAAUCUGAUUAUGUACGUGGUGACUCCCCUAAAUCUGAUUAUGUACGUGGUGACUCCCCUAAAUCUGAUUAUGUACGUGGUGACUCCCCUAAAUCUGAUUAUGUACGUGGUGACUCCCCUAAAUCUGAUUAUGUACGUGGUGACUCCCCUAAAUCUGAUUAUGUACGUGGUGACUCCCCUAAAUCUGAUUAUGUACGUGGUGACUCCCCUAAAUCUGAUUAUGUGCGUGGUGACUCCCCUAAAUCUGAUUAUGUGCAUGGUGACUCCCCUAAAUCUGAUUAUGUGCAUGGUGAUUCCCCUAAAUCUGAUUAUGUACAUGGUGACUCUCCUAAAUCUGAUGAUGUACGUGGUGGCUCUCCUAAAUCUGAUGACGUACGUGGUGGCUCUCCUAAAUCUGAUGAUGUACGUGGUAGCUCUCCUAAAUCUGAUUAUGUACGUGGUGACUCUCCUAAAUCUGAUGCUUUACAUGGAGACUCUUCCAAACCCACCAAUGUACCUACUGACUCUCCUACACCCCUCAGUGUACAUGGUGGCUCUCCUAAAUCCCUCGAUGUACACGGUGACUCUCCUAAAUCUUGCAACGUGCACAAUGACUCUCCUAAAUCCAGUGACGUACAUGGUGACUCCCCUAAAUUGGGCAAUGUACAUGGUGACUUUCGGAAAUCUGAUGAUGAAGAUGUUGACGAUGAUGAUGAUGGGGAACUUUCGGACUCGAGUCAGAGUGGCAGAUCUAGCAGACAGAGUGAUGUAUCUUCUGUAAAAUCUAAGAGAAGUGAACAAAAUGGUAUUGUUGUGAAUGCUGUUGAAAUUGUAAAUAAAGAAGAAACUCUGAAUGUCAAUCAGAAACAGGAGAAAAAUGAGAUGGAAACUGAAAGUACAGUUAAAAAAGAUGGUAUUCCUGGUCAUGGCGAAGAUUUAUCUGAUGUUUCAGAUUUAGAUAGUAAUGAUGGUAAUGAUAGUUUGGAUGCAAUAUCUGAAGAAGACCGCCAGAAAAGAAAGAAUGAAGAGAACAAAAAAGUUGAGGAUGGAAAAGUAAGGAAAGACUCUUCUGCCGUGGAGGAAAUGGAACAGUUAGAUUUUGAAGCUGAAGAACAGCAGGAAAAGGAAGACAGAGAAGAAGGUGAAUGUGAAGAGAAGAAGGAUGAGAAGAGUGAUGAUGAAGGUGAAUUGAAGGGUGAUGAUUUAGAAGAAGGAGAACUAACUGACGAUGAUGAAAAUCGGCCCGAGGAAACAGAGCCACGACCAGUUUGUCGAUUUUACAACCGUGGACAAUGCACUUGGGGCUCUAAUUGCAGAUUUCUGCAUCCCGGUGUGACUGACAAAGGAAAUUACACAAUGUUUGAUAUGGUGAGGCCUCUUGUGCCGAUGAAUGGUCCACCAGUAUACCCAGUGAUGGACUACAGGCCAUAUGAGAGAGUACCUAUGGGUGCUCCUUACGCAGGACCUCGGAAAGAUGACCCACCAGUUUUUGAGUCAGCUUGGGAAAGAGGCUUGCGGCAGGCUAAAGAGAUGAUGCGGAAGUCCACGAAGCGCAAGGAAACAGAUAUGGAUUUUGAAGAGAAGAAGAUGAAUCUUAGUCUCGGCCAAGAAGAAUUGGAUAAGGAGAAUGAUUACUACACACGUCCAGCUAGUCCAAUACUGAGAGACGACGCAGAUCGGUGGGGAGGUUAUAUGUAUGACAGCAUGAGACCGGAUGCAGAGACAAAGUACCGCCCACACGUCCGAGAGAGCAGCAUAUUGGCAGACCGAUUCGAAGAUGUGCCAGAGUCUCCAUACUACCACAGCUCCCGAGGAGGCAGCGACUAUUGGCGGCGUGUUCACUACGAACCUGGAGAGUCACGUGCUCUUCGUGUGGAAGCUGAGUAUAGCAGAAGUGAACGGUCAAGCAAGUACCACCAGCGUUCCAGUGGGCCUUCCUCAGACUAUUAUGACAAAUAUGAUAAGAAAAGUAGUUCUAGUAGCAGUCGUCAGAAACCACCAUCUUCACGAGAAGUCAUUGUGGAGCGUGCAGAGAAAGCUUGGCGGGAUGACAGGUAUGCAGAAAUAACUGUUCCAAGCCACAGAGGCCGGGGAGAUGAGUGGGCUGAUCCAUGGAUGCGUUCAAAGUCACCAUCCAGUAGAAAAACAGGAUCAUCAAACAAAUGGCCCACUCGGCGUCCUUCUUAUUCAUCAGCAUCCUCAUACUCUUCGUCUAGUUCGAGUCGAAGUUCCAGUCAUUCCAGCUACAGUUCUUACAGUCGCGAUUCACGGUCCGGGUCCCGUUCGAAGUCCAAGUCCGUGUCGCGGUCCAGGUCCCGCUCCAGAUCUCGCACACCUCAUUCCCGAUCUAGCUCGAGGACACCCCUGUCCCGUGCACGGAGGAAAGCCAAUCGACCUCUCGUUCCUACUGCACGCACCACAACUGCGGCCGCUGCAGCUGCAGCCGCUGCUGCUGCUGCUACUGCUGCUGCAUCUGCCAACAGUGAUGCACCUCGUUCACCCCCUGCCUCUCCUCGUAAGCCCUCCUCUAAGACAUCAGCAGCAGAACCACGAUCAUUUGUCAAGACUGCCAAGCCACUUGCAUCAACAGUUACUCAGUCAGAGAAAAAGGCAGCUAAUGAAAGGGUACUCCUGAUGAACCCGCCAGCUCCCAGUCCUCGCAAGCCGAAGGAAGUAAGACCACCUUCGCCUGGAAUGAGGAGUAAAUCUGCACAGAAUCCUCCAGCACCUGUUCCAAAUACAGUUCCUCCUCGCAUUCCUGCUGUCUCCAAAUUAGCAAUGGAUCGUUCCAAAAUUGUUUUGGCUGCUGCAAUGUCUAAUAAAGAAAAGCAACGUUCACGAUCUCGAUCAAGGUCAAGGUCGAGGUCUCGGUCAUCACGAUCUUCAUCUGGCUCAGAUUCAAGUGGUUCCAGCAGUGAUUCAUCAGGUUCCAGCUAUUCUUCAUCUUCAAGCAGCAGGGAACCUUCACCAAAAGUCGUGCGGCCUCAGAAGCGUGUGGUAAUAGAUGAGAGAGAAAGACUUGCCCUUACACAGUCUUUGAAGGUUAAAGCAAUGGAUGCAUUAAAGCUCUCUGGUCAAAAGCAGCAGAUCAAAUUAACCUUGAAAACACCUGGGUCAAACCCUGCAGCACCUGCAAAACGGACUGUUACUGGUCUUCCAGAGCUCCCAGAACUAAACUUGGUUCGAAGAGAUCGAGCAGCGCCACCAAUUAUAGCAGGCCGGAAAAGACCAGCGGAUACACCAUUGUCAGCAGAGUCAGUUUUAGCAGCCAAGGUGGCCGCACUUUCUAAACAAGGAAGCAGCAAGAAAGCAACUUCUAGGAGAGAAGAGUUGUUGAAGCAACUAAAAGCAGUUGAAGAUGCUAUUGCUAGGAAAAGAUCAAAGAUCUAAGUUUUUAACAAUCACACGUAACCUCAUCGUGUCUUGUAACAGUAAAUAAAUAUUCCAUGUGUCUCAGUGGACAAAGUUCCCUGAAGUACUAUUAAGUUUUUUUAAUCAGACUGCUGAAAAAUACACUGCUAACUUUGUUCAUUGCAGAUUUCCAGUGAUUACCACUAAAUACUUAAUUGCAGUGAAUGACAAAGGCAGUGAAAUUCGUAUAAACAAAAAUUCAGAGUAUGUAAUACUCAUAAUUAUUAAGAGAAAGCUGUCUGGUGCCAAUACACUAUUAUGGGAGCAUUAAUACCCACGGUUUAAAUCAAAAUGUCAAAUUUGCACAUUUCUGUCUGUAUCAAAAAUGAUUUUAUUGAGAGAUUACUUUUUUAACUUUCCGUCUUGUGUUUUAAAUGUGUCUAAAAUGUACAUUAUAAUACAUAAAGUCUCCUUUGUUGAAGUUUAAAUUAUUUCUACUCAUAUUUCAUGCAAAGUGUAAAUAUACAUAAGUACAGUAAUUAUAGUUCAUUUUGUACGCAUCUUAUGAUAAAUACAUGUACUAUUGAGACAUAGUAAUGCCUUAUGUGUUGUAGUUUAAUUUGUGUAAAAGUUUUUGAAUAAAAGGCAACAGUAAUUGUUGAA